UCAUGAGUUUUUCUCUGAAAUGUUCUGGAUUCUUCCCCACCACUUGCGAACCUUCUAUCUCAGUCGGAGGGACACCAGACCAAUACUCGUCUUCCUCGUAAAUACCGCACAGACAUGAACACUCGACCACGAGGAAAAAAAACCGAACUGCAAAAAAAAAAACAUGUUCGGCGUCGUGUUUCCGAAUCGGAGUUUCCCGAUGGACAUCUCCAACUUCGUCCAGAUCGAUACCUUCCACUGGGUCCUCGACAUGAACCACUUCGUCGGAGAGGCAUACGACCAAAUCCGCGAGAUGUGCAUCUUCCUCCUCAAUAAUUUCACUCUCCCGCCGGACAAAGCCCUCGCCAUCUACGUCCAGUCUCCGGGAUCGGCGUUCGUCUUCUGCGGUGCCGUAACUCUGGCCCGUCCAUCGGCGGUGCUCUCGCUCCAGUGGCCGGAGCCGGGCGGGGCGGCGGAGCAGCUGCAGCUGAUGGCGGCGGACGCGGCGCCGCUGUCGGCAAAGAUCGGGAUUUCGGUGGAGGACGCGGCGGCGCUGCCGUCUCUGGACGUGGCAGCGGAGAGGAGGAUCGAGCGGCUGGCGAUGAGGGUGGGCGAGAAUCUGUUCAAUUUCAUGCAGUCGUUCUGCGGCAUCGACGGGAGCAGAUUGGUGGUUCCCAUGGAUAUUUUGGAUCGGUGGUUCAAGAAAUUCCAGGAGAAGGCGAAGCGUGACCCUGAUUUCCUCAAGAGCUUCGCCUUAUGAAUUUGAAGGUUAGGGUUUUUGUGGUCUCUAAAGCAUCAGAGAUUGUGAUUUCUGUAACUUGAUGAUAGCGAGAAAAAUGGAGCAUUUAGAUUGUUUAACCCAGUUCAUCUUGCUAAUACACAAAUCCAAACCCAGUAAUUAACUGUCGAAACACACAGUUCAGAUACCCUGUUUGUUCCUUCUUUCACAUUCCAGUUUGAUGCAGAAUUCAUUGUACCUUAACUUCAUCUAAGAUGUACACAGAUGGGUUUUUGUUA